CCAACUUGAUUAUUCUGAUUCUUCCCUUUCGAGCCCUGAACCCAUCUUCUUCUUAAGUCUCUUCUUAGACUUUUUCUUUUGGCUUUUGGUUAAAGGUUUAUUAUUGGACUGCUUCUUAAGAGGCUGUUCUGGCUUAUUUGGACAACAUAGCUUGAAGAAGUUUAUAAUGUCUUCUGCAUGAGGAACCUCUGAAACCCUCAAAACCAUAAUGCUUACAGAAGCACAACAACAACCACUGAAUGGGAAGGAAAAUGGGAAAGAUGAAGUGAACAACAUUGCUGGAAACAAAGGAAAAGGAAAAGAUAGUUCAGAUGGUGUGGCCCAAAACCCAAAUGAUCCAGGCCCAUCCUUUACUGCCCAUAUUGAGGAUGAUGGCUUCACACAAGUUGGAUGGGGCAAGGGCAAACUUACAACACACCCUAUCAAAGAUGGAAAGCAGAAGACUGGAUACAACAAAGGGGGAGGUCAGACUGGAGGAUAUAGAGGUGGGCCAAACAGAGGAAGAGGAAGGGGCUAUGGCCCUUACCGUUGAUGAAGGAGUGUGCUGAUAUUUGGGUUUGACUACUCCUGUUUUGGCAUCCCUGUGUUGUAGAAGAGCUGUUACACUCUUUGAAGGGACUUGGGCAUACCUGUUUGUAAUGGUCGUUUUGACAUGAUUUCACCGCUUUGGAUGUGGCUUUGAAUCCUACUCUCUGGGCUUCCCUGUGUUGUAGAAGAGCAUAAACACUCUUUGAAGGG